CGUGGGCUCAGAAUACGCCUGCAUUGGCUGUCUUCUCCUUCUGUUCGCGAUAUCCAUCUUCAUCGCAUACCUGGUCGUCUGCAAGGGUGUGCCAGGGUUUGGCGAUGACGGCUGUAAGCUAAAGACCACGACAACAUCGACCACAACUAAAUGCAAAAAGUCUGUUGACAGUGAGCGGUUGAAGCGGAAGAUAGAACAGCUCAACGGGAACCGGCUGAAUAAUGAUUAUCCUGGUUUAAGUGACUAUGAUAAGGAUUUAAAAAGUUACGAUGACCCCAUGAUGUCGCCCAAUAAAGGCGUAGCUGGAAUAGAUUUUGGUCCAAGUUUCCGAGAAUUGAAUUCUCUGGAUGAGGCUGAAAGCAAAAUGUCCGGGGACGUUGACUGGAAUAAUGUGUUGGAUGCUGAUAAAAAUAGUGAACUACAGAGCAGUGAGAAACUUCGAGAAUUCUACAAGAAACUAGUCCAAACUGACGCCAAAAUAAAAAGCCUAAAACGCAUCAAUCAAGUUGAAAUGCAUUACCUUGACGAUGACACACAAAAGUCUCCAGACAGAUCGAAAAGAUCACUCAAAUUAUACCACUAUCCAAAGAAAUUACACUUCAUAAGACACAGAAGGUCACUACUAAACAAAAACAAUGAUAGUCCCUAUGUAAAGAGGCGAGCAAUGAACAGGAGUCGACUGAAAAGGUUCAGCAACGAGUCAGAAGAACCGACAGGCUUUGUUAUAGAAAAGAAGAAACUCCUUGUCCAAUACAAACCAGCUGGCAGAAAGAAAAUAGCAGUAAAAAAGUGCUCACAUGCACCAAAAGACUUGCACAUUCACGAACAUCAGCUUAAACAUCCAUUUUAUAAAAACACUCAACGUUUAGAUGAACUUCUAGAUAGAUUUUUAAAUAAAAACCUACCAGAAAUCAUGUCUGAUCCAUUUGGUUUAGACGUGCUGUUCAAGCAGAAUCCUAAUAAGGCUUGUAAGCAUCCGAAACCUCACAAAAAUGUGAAUAUAAUUGGCAAAGAGCCACUGAUAGACCAGAUACCGAAACCCAACCAGAAAAUGAAGAUGGCAAAGGAGGAAAAGAUGGAAUCUCCAUCUGAUCUCUUGAAGUUGCUAAGACCGGAGUCCACGACGCAGUACGAGAAGGACUUCUACCACCAUGAGGCACAGAUGAUUGGAAAGGAGAAGAUGAAGAUUGUGACAGCUAGUCCUAAUGACUUUGAAGAAUCCCGACAUGAAGCGGACGAAAGCUGGAAAAGUAACAGGUCAUGGGGACAAAUCCCAAAUUCUGGGGAAAAUACCAAAUCUACGCCGUCUGAUGCAGCUGGAGGAUGAAGAAGAUGAUACCCUAGGCUAUGAAGACUUUAAAGAGGUGCUGAGGGAUGACAUGGAGAAUCAUGAUGAAAUGGAUAAGUCUGUAGAUCGGAAGAAGCGGUCUGAUGAUAAACCACAAUUACCGACAGAGAAAACCAUUAAAUACAAUCCACCAGGAGUUCAUAAUCCAAACUGGAAGGGACCGAUGCCUUUGUAUCCUGAUGAGCUUAACUCCAUGGUCAAACAUGGGUCUUCUGACACUACCAAAGACCUUAAGGAGAAUAAACUGAAACCCGCACAUCCAAAAUUAGCCAGAGACUUAAAUCUAAGUAGAAAAGGAAGAGAUGUAUCAGACGUGGAAUAUGUAGAGGACUACCUGAAAAACAAAUACGACAAACUAGUAGAAAUGGCGCAAGCAUACAGUGACUAUGGAGUUUUAGAUGGCAAGAAAGACGCAAGGAAUGAGAAGAAUUCAGAUGAGACAGCUACUGAUAGAAGAAUCAAGCUGUCUGCUGAAGACAAUGUGUAUGGUCCCAAUCUUCUCGCAAGACUGAGAUCAGGUAGACUCCCAGAGGCUAUGACUAGAGAGGGAAGCAUCAGGAGACAGAGGGAUGUUUCUGAUAAUGCCUCCUCUGACAAUGCAACCUCUGACAACGCCUCCACUGAUAAUAUUGAGCAGUCAGAUAUCGUCAGCAACACAAUGUUUUUCACGAGCCCCUUCAGCUUCAGCCCCGUCGGUACUUACAGCCCCUAUUCUGACGGCUUCCGCUUCCAAAUGAAGAUACCCAACAAAACAAAAGAUGAAGAAGUCAGCUUGUUCAACAUCUUCUCAAAACAUGUGCACUUUAAGGCAAAGACAAAAGCGAACACUCGUCGUCAAACUCGAACAACGACUACUCCGAAAUAUUCUUACCCUGAUUUAGAUUUGGAGAAAGCAAAUAAAAAUGAUAAUCAAUUUGAUGCAUUCCCAGAAGCUAUUGUAAAACCAAAUGAGACUGAGUCACAGCCUAUUGAUACAGAUUUCGGAAUAGAUUUAAAGAACAGAACUAUAGUUAAAAGAAGUAAAGCAUUUAGUAAUUUAACUGCUACGUGGGUUGAUUAUAACGCAACUGAAACACCCGAAACAACAACACCG